UGUCUUCUGGUGGUAUAGGGGAGAAUAUUGUCUAACUUCCAGUUAAGAAAAUGUCAUCUUUAUCGGUGGAAAAGGAACUUAAACACGCUGCAAAUUUUCAGCUUUCGUUAAUGAAGCCAUUCUCAAGAGGCUCCAAAAGAACUUUCAAAUUUUCCCGCCUUUUUCGCGGCCGCACAUUGCUGCAGUUGCAGUAUUUGUACUGUGGGGACUACCCUAGGAAAAUUUUCUGUCCACUGUUUUGAAUAAUUUUGGCGAAUUUCUUAACCCAUAAAAAUAACAGGGAUAAGGGCGUUUUGAAGCUUUGAAAGACUAUUUGGUCUCUCUUCAAUGAACGCUACUGUGUCCUUUGCAAAUCGGUGCAACUAAAGCUAUAUUACGGGGUGGGUGUCGGGUACUUUCAGCCUCUAAUAAGAAGCCAAUCAAAAGACGUCACAACUGGCGCCAAUCUUGAAAGUCACAUGACACAAAUACAUUGCGCGCAUCCAAGAUGGACGACGAUGAGGUUGAAGUCGUGGAAGUUACAGUGCGUGGUAGUAGAACUAUCUCACCAAAGAAGAAGCGCAAAAGGGAAGAGUUACCUUCUAAAACUACUUUGACACCAUGCAGUGAUGAGAAUAUUCUCCAAAGAGCAGCUCAGCUUAAACGAAGGCUUGAAUUUUGUGAAAAAGAAAGAGAAGAACUUUCAAAGAGAUUUAACGAACUCAAGGAAAGGUUAACAGAACAACAACAAUGUGAACUAGAUGUCAAGCUUGAAACAUCUGAAAAACAUAUUCCUCUUAUUUGUGUCGGUGACGAAGAAGAGGAUGAUGACGUUGUGUUUAUUUUACCAGAGGACUAUUCUCCAAGAAAGAGGCAAAAAAUUGACAAUGAAAGGAAAUCAGAGAAAUUUGAUACCACAGACAAUCAGCCUAAGAAGGAUUUAGCCAUCACGUAUUUCAAGCCAGCUACAAAUCUACCACAUGCCAGGGAGCACUGCGCAGCUUAUAAAUUUGUUCAGAGUAAUGUAACCACAGCAACAGUGUCAUGCAAUGAGAGCUAUUGUGAGCAAUGUUACUGCUAUGUCUGUGAUGCACUUGUGAAAGAGUGUGACUCUUGGAAGACAGGCACCAAUCCCCACUGUAAUGCAUAUUCUAAGAAUGCCUUUUGGGAAAAGCUACGGAAGGCCGCAAAGAGAAAAACGAGUGCUGUUCAAGACUCUUUAUUGAAGUGUCUGCCUUCAGAUGAGCAAUCUGAAUCAAUGGUAGCAGCAGGUGUGGACUUGAAUGCUCCUUGCUUUCAUUUGUAACUGAUCUAAAAAUUUGUUGUCUAUUAAAUAAUUACUUAUCUUAGAGCGGUUUUCAAU